UCGAGUCUUUUGCUCAGCCUCGGUCUGGCUCGGCUUUGCCGCGCGCGGCAGUCUCAUGUGUAUUAAAUUACAGAAUGAGGCUGCCUCGCGCGGCAAACGUUGCGAGGCAAACGUCCGAGGCUGCCUCGCGAAGCAAAUCCUCGGUCGGUCAAGACGCGCCUCGACCGAGGCAAACGCACGCGCUGCCUCGCCCGAGCGUGCCGCGACCCGAGCCAAACGUUGUCGGUUUUUGUCCAUGCUCAAAGGCGCCUCAGUACGUUUGCCGCGCGCACUCAAGACGGUCGUGUUUUGCCUCGCUUGUUCGACGAAUACGGAAUAGAGAACAUAAGUAUAAUUAUAUUAUCAUGAAUAGAGAACAGUGUCUCAAAUUAAUACAUUUAUAUGGAGAAUAUAAACUACUUUGGGAUGCGCAAUGUCCUAAUUAUACCAACAGAGGACUAAGAGAAGAUGCGUGGAAUAACAUAAAUCGUGAAAUGAACAUUCCAAUAAUGGAUUUAAAAAAAAAGAUGGAGUCUUUGCUAGGAUCCUAUAGGAGGGAAAGGUCACGUGAAAAGAAAAGCCGUAUCACAGGAUCAGGUAUGUUUAUGUUUAUUAUUAUGUUUUCGUACAGUCAUUACAUAUUUAUAGUCAGUCGUACAAAUUUAAUUAAUUUAUUAUUUAUUACAGGUCGUGGUGACAUAUAUAAAUCAAAUUGGUACGCCUAUGAAGCUUUCAGCUUCCUGGGCGAUAGAAACCAUCCAGGAAAUACUCAAGAUACUUUACCUGAAGACAAUGCAUGUCACAGUGAAAUUCAAAAUGAUGGAAGUCAAAGUAAAACUCGAAAUGAUGGCAGUGAAAAUGAAACUCAAAAUAGUGGCAGUCAAAGUGAAACUCAAAAUCAAGUCGGUAAUGAAAAUACAGUUAAAGAAACCAGAAAUGAAUAUACGAGAGCAAAGAAGAGAACUAAAAGAACUGAGCCAAAUGAUUUAACUGAUAAUGCUAUAUCAGAAGCCUUAACACUAUUACAACAGUGUGCAAGUGAUAGUGCUGCUUCGGAAAAACAUGACUCCUACGAUGUUUAUGGGCAAUAUGUCGCAAAUGAGUUGCGAAAAUAUGACGCUUUUACUUUAGCACAUGUAAAGCAUGCUAUAAAUAAAAUUAUUUUCGAAGCGGACAUGGGAGCAUACCCAUCAUACACUGGUUAUUAUACUCAAUCAUACAGUGGGCUAAACAGUUCCAAUAAUACGUCUUGUCUUUCUUCCUCACCGAUGCCUCCUCAAUCACCGAUGCCUCCUCAAUCACAGAUGCCUCCUACCUCACCGAUGCCUCCUACCUCACCGAUGCCUCCUACCCCACCGAUCCCUCCUACCUCACCGAUGCCCCCUCCGCCUCCUCAUCCUCAUUGUUAGAUAAGUACUUGUUUAAUUAAGCGUUUCAUAUUAAUUGUCUUUUUGUCUAUUUGUCAUGUUGUAAUAAUUAAUAAAAAUGUACGAAAAAUGGAAUAAAA